AUGAAGCGAGUAUUCGGGACGAGGGACGACAACGAGGGCUCCUCCGAUGGCAGACCCUCGGAGUCCCACGAUGAUGGACCAGCGCCCAACGAGCACACGCGUCUGCUUCCCAAUAGGGUUGACAGCGACAACAGGCCGGGCUACCUGAGCCCGGACGAUCCAGCCGUCUCACCAUACAACUUGUUCACUGUCCGAUUUACCAGAUACCUCACCAUCUUCUUCACUAUCAUCACGUUCCUGUGGUGGGUGCUCCAAUUAGUGUCCAUCUUCGUGUCGCCUCCCGGCCUGUCGACGAGAGGGUCCGGCUUCUUUGGGUUCAGCUAUUCCAGCAUUGCUCUAGCCACGUUGAUCGUGACCCUCCUCUUCUUUGCCGCCCCAUCGAAGGCAGCCCGAAUACUCUCGGCGAUAGCCUCUGUGCUCUUGCUCGUCAAUGUCAUCAUCAUCGUGUCUGUCCAGAACACGAGGCAUGAGGAAGCCUGGACCGGCAUCGCAAGUGUCGUCUGGGCACUUCUGAUGGCGGUCUGGUCGCUAUCUGCCGACCGGAUCGUCAAGUGGGGUAAAAAAGAAGAAGAACAGAGGUUAACCGGCCGUGAGGAGCCCCGGAGAACUCUGCUCGAGUGGACUCAAGUGCUCCUUGCGACGAUCGGGUUUGCCGUGCUUGCCGUGGUUGCGUUGCUUCUAACAUUCACACUUAUAUUGAGGGCCGUGGAUGCCAAGGUAGCGGCCCCAGGAGAUCUAUACUGGGUGGAUGGCGACAAAUAUCAGAUCCAUCUGUACUGCCGUGGCAACGAAACAGAUUCCAAGGGGAAUAAGCUGCCAACCGUGCUUUUCGAAGGCGGAGAGGACCCGGUCGAGGAUGGGUUAUGGCAAUUUGCAGACAAUGCUCUGAACAACGGGUCUUUUAGCAGAUACUGUUUCGCAGAUCGGCCCGGAAUGGCAUGGAGCGAUACAGCGCCGUCGCCUUUCUCUGCUAGCCAGGCAACAGAAGCUUUGAGCGAAGCACUCGCGCGCGCUGGGGAGACGGGGCCUUGGGUACUUGCCAGCGCUGGCGUUGGGUCAAUCUACUCGCGCGUGUUCUCCUCGCGGCAUGGCAAGGAAAUCAAGGGCCUCGUCUUGAUCGACCCGCUGCACGAGGACCUCCUCUACCGCUUGGGUACGCCUGGGAGGGGCUUCACGCUCUGGCUUAGAGGAGUGAUUUCCCCUCUCGGCCUUGACCGCAUCCCCGGUGCCCUCUUCAACGGCCGUACGAGCGAGGACCGAGUCUUUGGGCGUGCUUCAUACCAGACUGGGAAGCAGAUAUUUGCCAAACUGCAGGAGAGUCUGGUCGCCGAUUCCCUGACCAAGCGGGAUGUCGCCUCGAGCCGGGCUAUCCAAGCGCCCGACGUCCCUCUUGUCGUCAUCAGCUCUGCGAUCAAGCUCCGGACUGAUAGCCAGUGGGAGGGCAGGCAGAGAGAUCUCACGCAUCUGACCGAGAACUUGCACGAUUGGGACAUAGUCAACAAGGCUCCCCACCAGGUGUGGAAGACGCUGGACGGACGGGAUGUUAUUGAGAAGAGAAUCAGACAGCUGGUCCAUGGGAAGUGA